UCGUAGCGCGUUCGCACACGCGCGCUCUCUUAGUUUAUAUAUAAUCCCAUCCGAUCCGAGAUCCGAUCUGACCGCCGUCGUGCCCAUCGCCGCAUCUCGCUCGCUCUGAUCAGUUGGCCAACGUUUUGGGUCUGCGUACUUCGCGGCUAAUUUCCAACUUAAAGAAGUGAAAAACAACAAAAUCAGGCAAAUAAUUGAUGCAAUAAACUCGACUAAACGAAACUAAUGUGGCUAUAAUAUGCAAUCAAAUUUGAAUAUCUGAUAAAGUGAUCGGGCUAGAAUCAGCCAAUGUAUUUAUCUGCCAAUCUGUGCAUGUGCUCAAAAAUCAACAGAACAAACUGAAACCCACAUCGGACCAAAAACAAGGCUCUAACUCUCAACUGCAAAAAUGGCCUCUGAGGCGAAAGCGAAUGGCACGACAGCGAAGACAGCAACCGUGGACGAUGACUACAUAACGGUAGUGGAGGUGGACGAUCCGACGUCGUCCACGAAGGAUCGCCUCAAGAAGCUAGUCAAGCGGCAGAGCUCCGUGGCGGAGGACUCCUCGUUCAUCACAGUGUUGACCAUCAACGAGAUGGAGCUCCUGCAGCAGCGACGACAGGAGGAAGAAGGCGGAAUUUCCUCAAUUCCGAUAAACGAAGAGCAAGUAGAGGAUGUCACAGUGUUCCGAUUGCCGGGCGAACGCCUCGGCUUUGGAUUAAAGUUCCAGGGAGGAACUCGGAGCACAGAACUCGUCCAGAAGCUGUACAUACAAUCCUGCGCCGCCGACAGUCCCGCCUCCAAAGUGGCCACCAGCUGGGGAAAUCUCCGCGAGGGCGACGAGAUCGUCAGCAUUGAUGGAAGGGAUGUCAUGGAGAUGACUCGCAUCGAUUGCGUUCGGGGACUGAAGGACAAUGUGGCCAUUCAGCUGGUGGUGCGAAAUGGUCACGGACAGAAGCCUCCCAGCGAAGAGGAUCCGCAGCAGCAGUUGGAGCAGCUCUCGAUCACACUGAAUGCCCAGCCACCUCCGCCGCCACCAGUUCCACCCAGAAAAUUGGUGAGGCGACAGAACUCCAAGGAGAACCCUGCUCAAAUGGUCAUCGAAAAACCACUGACUCCUCCGCCGGAUGCGGAGUACUACUUGAAUCUACUCACCGAAUCCAUCAAGGCGGGUUCCGAAUCGGACGAUACCGCCAGCACAAUUUCCACCGUCAUCGAUAAGUUCUCCAUGGGUUCCAAUUACUCCUCGGACAGCAGUCUCAAUGGUCACGAGCUGGCCAAGGUCCUGCAGCCUUUCACCCUCCUCGAACAGGAGUUUCUUCCUCUGGAGCAAACUGUGGGUCAUCCCAAGUUGCUCAUCCCUGGGAAUAACUACGAGAAUGUGGAGUUCAAGACCGAAAAGGUGAAUGUGUACGAGAAUGUGGUGCUCAGGAGUCCGGAGACGACGCCCACGCCGAAGCCCAGGAUACAGGGAUUGGCCACCGUGGAGCCGAAGAAGCGAUCCAUCAUCCCCAUGCCACGAAAAAUUCCCACACCGAGUAAACUGCCCAUCGAGGUGACACCACCACGAGUUCCCUCGAUGGAGGAACCCAAAACUCCGACUAAUGAGCAGCUGGAUUCCCCCAAGACACCCACAAAUGAGGUAACAAAGGACUCACCCAUCAGUACUACCAAAAUACCCAAGGCCAAGUUCUCGAGGGCCAAAACAGAAGGGGAGAUCAAACUGCAUCUGCAGCCCUCCUCAAAAAAGGAAUCUCCGCAAGGCAAGUCUCGAAUUCCCAUAGUCAGCACCCCCACUCAAAAAGCGGUGCCCAAACCAGUUUCACCCACAUUGAACGGCACACCACCCACUUCGAAUAUCCCUCGACUGCUGCAGAAGCAGAAAUCCGAAACGGAUUUGAAGCUCAAUCUAUACCGAAGUAAAUCAAAGGAGUCGAGUCCCAGGCCUCCUUUGCAGAGAGCAAACUCAGCUGAGGCUCCCGAAAGGACCUUCAUCCCUGUGCUUCUGAACGGCAACUCGAAGAGCUCAAAUUCCCUGGAAAGCAUCAGUUCAAUUGGCAGCAACAGCAGUGGAAAUAGUGGCAGAUCCCCCAAAGGACCGAAGCCCAAACCACCAGAGCGAGUUCAAUCGCUGCAGAAAACGCAGAUACCCAAACUGCAGGCUCUUCCAACUACGCCACCCCAGCAAAGCCCCAAGUUGAGUAUGCAGACCUUCAAGCAGAGUCCUCCCACUCCACGAUCCACUCCAGUGGGAACUCCAUCGCCAACCAGCAAUCGGGAGAUUCGCUUUAAGAUUCAAACGUACGAGAGCAAGGCCCAGGAUGAGGACAAGCUACCUAGUUUAUUUGACCUGGUUCACAGUCAGGAUAAGGAGAAGGAUACCUCUAAGGAUAAGGAUAGUGAUUCCCUCCAGACCCACAAUAGUAUCACCGCCCUUUUGGCUGCCGCCGCUGCUGAGGCCGCCGAUCUCUCCCGGGAAUCCCCUCCACCGAUGGUCAUUGGAAAGUGCAUGAAGGUCGCCGACGAUAACAACACCACCUGCUACUCGAGUUCCAGCAGCGGAGAGGAGGAUGAGGACGAAAUGGACGCCGCCAACAGGGAGUACGUCUGCGAGGACGGCGAGAAGUUGGGUCCUCCGGAGCUGAUCAACGGACCCGGUCCCUCGGAGGCCUACUUCAACAUGUUCUGGCACUCCAACAUGCUGCCCACCAUCGGCGAGGUGGAGGAGGAGUUCUCCUCCCUGGAACCACAGUCCCUGACCAACGGAAACCUUGUCAAAUCAGAGGAGUCGAAGAAGUUGCCCAAAAUGGAAGCGAAUGCCGGUGGACUGGCGCAGCUGACUCACGAUAAGAUUGCUGACCAUGACGCAAGUGAAACGGCAGUGGAAAGUCGCAAAGAAAGCACAACGAACCAGACACAGGAAAUCACUUCGAGUAGUUCCAAUUCGGUGAGGAGUCAGAGGACCACCACCACCACUCGAGUGACCACCACCAAGACCUCCAGUUCCUCGAGCAGCUCCUCCACCAUCCUCUCCCCGGACAUUGCCUUUAAGCUGCAACCCUAUGAGGAAAGGGAGGAGAUCAUCGGGGAACCCAUAACCACCAUCCACGAGGAACGACGAGUGCAGAGUGAGCAGAAGACCCUCAGCGAGAUGAGAACCCUGGAUGCUCUGACUGGGGAAGAACAGCUGGUGACGAGUGCCAAUUCGAAAUCGAGCAGCGCCCGCUUCAAGAAGAUCAGCAGCAACGACAACCUACUCGACAUCGGUGACGAGCAGGAGAUGCACGAGCAGCCGUUGACCGCCACGAUCGCCCAGGAAUCGAGUCUGAGGGAGCGGCUGGACUGUCCUCAGGAUAACCAGAGUAUCGAACGGGGUACUCUGACCCUAUCCGAGCGGGGAAAGCAGCUGAGCGAGAGCCAGGGACUCACCACCUACACGGAGUGCGAAACCAGCGAGAAGGAGUCCUAUUUGGAGGCCCAGCAGGUUCUCAAUGGAGCUGGAGGCUCUUCAAACCAGGAAGAGAACGGUGACCUACCUACCUUCGAACGAGAGCUCUGCGAAACGUUGACGGUCACCAACGAUGGCGAAAAGCAGGUAACCAAAAAACUGGAGCAGAGCAAGGAGGUUGCCGGGAAGAAGGGGGCUAAGUUGCUCAAGAAAACCGACGAGGAACGACGUCUGGAACAGGAGGCUCAAAAACUGAUCGAAAGUUAUCAGAAGGUGAAGAAGGAGGCGGAGAAGCUUUACAAACUGGAUGAUGAUGAUAACCAAGGCUUUGACCUAAGUGCUUUUGAGGAGGUGGAGAAGGAGGAUAAGCCCGUAGUGGUUGAGGAAAUCCAAAAGGAGGUGAAGGACUCCAACCCAAUCCAGGAGGUUGUCCAAACCCCUGUGGAUGUUAAAGUCUUUGAUCAGCAGGUCAAAGAGGAGGUUAAGGAAGUCAAAGAGGAAGUCAAAGUUGUAAAGGAGGUGACCCAAGUAACCCAACCGGAAGUCAAGGAAGAGGUGAAGGUGUCACAUCAGGAACUUAAAGAAGAAGUCAUUAAGAGUGAAGUGAAUAAGGAGGUAAACGAAGUCAAGGAGGAAAUCAAAGAACAAACCAAUAUUAAAGAGGCUGUCAAAGUGGUGCACAAAGAAGUGAAGGUGAUUCAAGAAAACGAUAAGAUCACAGACACAACCAGUCACAAGGAGUCGACUAAGAAAGUCACGGUCUCCCAAAAAGAAGAAGUCACUGUUUCCAAGCAGAAAAUCGAACUACCCGUCAAGUCCAACACAACAGUAGAGGUGAUUUCCCCUCAACUGGAAGACGACUUGGGCUACGUCCUCCACAAGCACAUAAUCCUUCCCCAGGAGAAGGUCAAGAAGGCACCAACGCCGCUUCCCAAGCCGAAACCCAAACCGCCAGUGCCCACAAACAAACCCAAAAUGCCAGCUAAUCUGACCAAGCCGAGGGUGGCGCCUCCACCGGUGCCCAGCAAACGGAGCGAGGUGGCAGGAUCCGGUGGCAAGCCGACGCCCAGCCAAAGACGCAGCAGUUUGGAGACCGCCCAGCCGCCCAAGCCCCUGGAACGCAUUAUCGUGGGCGUGGAGCAGCGGGAGGAGGCAUCGGAAAAACCGCAGCCCAUUAUCAACCUGGCCAGCGUGGACCUGCCAAAUGUGGCGCCCAAUGCCAAACAAUCGGCCGCGGAAGCGUCGAGUCCCGUGGUCGAGAUGCCACCGGAUGAGCUCCAAUUCGAGAGCCACCAGCUGCCGGACUCACGCGAGGAGCCAAAUGACCUGCUCAGCGGGUCCUCGUCCUCCUCGGUGACCACGCCCAUAACAACGCCAAUUUUGGUCUCUGCCACCUCGUCGAUGGACUCGGUGCAAAGUGUCAUCGAGGUCGUGAACGGCUCGUCGUCCAUCAUCGGUAAUCAGCAGACCAACGAUGACGACAAUGGUGAAGAUGGACCGCAGGACGAUGGGGUGCCUUUGCAGGCGGAAGGACUAAAGGAAGUAACUCCCGUCGAGGAGGUGACAACGCUCGGCAGAGAAAACGAAUCAGAUCUUGGUACCCUUAGCAACCACCACAGCAACAUCAGCAACAUAAACGCCAGUGGCAACAUCCCACCGGCAACAACUUUUAUCAGCACCACCACAAACAGCAGCAAGAAGACUACCACCGAGGCGACGACUGCGGGCAAACCUGCUGCACCACUGAACCCCGGCAAAAUGGAGCUGCUGAGCAGCAGCACAGCAACAGCGACCACGACGACGACAGCCACGCACCACCUGCACCAGGCGACCACCACGAAGCAGCUGCUGGUGCAGGACUACCUGAGCUACGCCUCGCCACCCACAUACUCCCGCCUGCCGCCCGACGGCCAUGAGUUUCCGCCCAACUUCAGCGAGCCACUGAUCAUGCACAGCCACCCCCUGAAGGUCACCACCACCGAGUUGAGCUACGACAUCCAGAACGGCAAGGGUGCCGAUGAGGCCUCGGCACCACCGCUGCCCAAAACGGGACCACCGGCCACAGUUCCCCGGAAGGUGUACCGCCAGGACUUGGUCAUCAAUGUGGAGCCAGCACCCAGUUUGAGCCGCGACUAUCAGCGAUCCUUGAGCGGCGGCACACCCAGAAAACCCAGCGAUUGGCGAAAGGACGAGAAGUCGGAGAAGUCGGUGCGCGACAAGAUUGCCAUGUUCUCGUCCAACAACGAACUGGAUGCCAUACCGCCCACUCCGGCCACAGCUCCGAUUACCACAUCAUCCUUCUCGCGGAAACCCCUCAACCGCAGCAGUGAGAACCUCCUGGACAGCUGCUCCGCAUCCGCGGCUCCUUCGCUGAAAACCCGCGCCAUGAGCGUGGAGAACCUAAACGAUGUGCAGCGGCAAUAUCAGCUGGCCAAGCAGCUGCCCCAGUUGCACGUGGCCGACUCCAUGUACUCCCUGAACACGGCCACGCCCACCCAGAGCUACGCCUCCUUGCCGCGCAGGAGCCACGGAGGCUCGUACUCCGCCGGCGUGGAGCGGAGGAUCAGUUUCUCGGGCGAGGGAGGCGAGGCGGCCAACCGGAAGGCGGCCAUCACAAACAUCCUAGAGCAGCGAAGGCGCAGUCUGUCGAAGCUGCGCGGUCUGGUGAUCCCCGAGAGACCUCAGCUGCUGGAACCCAUCCUGGAUUUGCCGGAGAUCAAGAGCCAGGUGAAGGCGGCCAGCGGGGAGGACAGCACCGACAGUGGACUGGGCGAGAGCCACCGCAGUUCGGUGACCAGGAGCAACCAAGUGGGUGGCGGUGGUGCGGGUAGCAACUACCGCAGCAUCUUCACCGCCAACCAGCGGAGGCCGCUGGAGCAGCAGCUCUCCCAGCCGCCGGCCAAACCACCGAGGACUUCGCUGACCCCGCUCCAGCCGAGAACCAUGAUGAUGCCGCCACCACCGCCGCCCUUGGACCAGGAGAGCGAUACGGAUUCGGUGUUCUCGCACACGGCUCGAGUGGCCACUCCGCCCGAGAAGUUCGCCCUGACCCGAACCCUGAGUUCGGAGACCAACACUUCGAUAGCCAGUUCCAACACCUCCACGCUGACAUCGGGAUCCUCGGCGGGUUCCCAGGCCAGCUGCAGUUCGCUGGGCAGCACACCAGCCGUGGACCUGACCAGGCGGGUGCUCAAGAGUCAGGUGAACAGCGGCGAACCCGUGGUGCUCUCCAGCCGGAAGAGCAUCCUGGCCUCGGCCAAGUGCCGCAGCGCCAAGAGUCGCGGCCAGGAGGAGGACAACGACAGCACCGAUGGCGAAGCCUGCUCGCUGGCCAAUCGCCGGAUGAAACCCAUUUCCAGCUACAAGCUGCAGCAGCAGCAGAUCCAACUGGGCAAGCAACUGGUCGUGGAUAAGCUCAUCAAUGUGGCCGCCUACGUGGAGCUCACCUCGGACACGGACGACAGCAGCCGGAGAUCGGACACGCCGGCCAAGAUCAGUGCCAUGUUCAUAGACGAGGAGCGCAAGGCCAGCUUUAAGGGGGAUCCCAGCCAGCAGGCCAAGUUGAAGGUGGAGCCGGUCAUCAAACCACUGCCCAUAGUCCUGCCCUCGCCGAAGAGGGAACCCCCGAAGCAGCAGUCCACCGCCGAGCUGCGCGAAAAGUUCGAGCGGAGUGCCGCGGCCCAGGUGCAGACCCAGAACCACUCGCCAGUGAUCCACAAGAUCCACGCCCAGAAGCCGCACCACGAGCGCUUCUCCUCGCUGGACUCGCUGGCCUCCAGUUCCUCGGGCGUGAGCUCCACCACCCAGAAUGUGAGCACCACCCAGGAGACGGCCACCGAGUUCGGCAGCUUCUCCUCGCUGGGCAGCAACCAGAGCCUGAUCACCGCCCAGGAUGUCCAGCAGAUCGUCGAGGAGGCCGAUCCUCCGCUGAAGACCCCCGAGGCCUUCAUCAUCGUCCUGCAGCGGGAUAAUCCCGAGAGUAGCAUCGGUAUUACCCUGGCCGGCGGUUCCGAUUACGAGGCUAAGGAAAUUACUAUUCACAAGAUCCUGAGCAACACGCCAGCUGCCAAGGAUGGUCGUCUGAAGAAGGGUGAUCGAAUCCUCGCCGUUAAUGGAAUGAGCAUGCGCGGAUUGACGCACCGCGAGUCCAUCAGUGUGCUAAAGACCCCCCGUCCGGAGGUGGUGCUAGUGGUGACCCGCUCCGAGUCGCUGGUGGUGAAGGCGCUGACCAAGAAGCGCUCCUCCCUGGGAUCCCUCAGCUCGCUGAACGAGAAGCCCACGGAGCUGGACUUCGAACGCAAGAGGAACUACCACAAGGCCUCCCGAUCUCUGGACUUGGACCUCGACCUGGUGUCCAACGAGGCUGGUGGAUCGCCGGUGGCCACCACCCCGAGCACUGGAUCCGUGAGUCCAUCGCAGCCGGCGAGUUUGCACGACGAGGAUGCGGAGGCCACCAUCGCAGGAAUCCGCGCCCGGAGGCAGUUGUCCCGCGGAGAUGCCGCCAAGCUGAGCACAAGUGAGCUGCUGGAACGAGCGGCGGAGGCGAGGAACGCCAUUGCGGCCGAGAUUCGGGCACAAGCGGAAGAUGCGGCGGCCAGCGGUGGAGGAGCUCGUUGCGUGGAAAUUGUCAAGGACAGCUGCGGACUGGGCUUUUCCAUUGAAGGAGGAUUCGACUCACCGCUGGGAAAUCGUCCCCUCAUCGUCAAGAAGGUGUUCAUGGGUGGUGCUGCCCAGAAGACGAACCAGGUGCGCAAUGGCGACGAAAUCCUUAGCAUCAAUGGUGCCUCCACGUCGCGGAUGACGCGAGUGGAUGCCUGGAACUACAUGAAGCAAUUGCCACUGGGACCGGUCAAGAUUAGCUUCGCCUAGAGAGGAUGGUCCAGAUUCAAAUGCCAACGAACGGGGAAGAAUGCGCCACAAUUUUUGUUAGAUUUAAGCCAAUUAGCUUGGUUACCCCUCAGCCGGUCUAACCUUGGGGGUCUUGCCAAUCCGAUGGAUCGAUGCUGCGAGCGAUUUGUUUUGCAUUUAAACGAACCUUUAAUUGUAUGCCUAAUUUUAUAGAUAUUUAAUUUAAAGUGCAAUUGUUUAAACUCUUACAACGUUUUGAUGCCCUACUUACAUACCAUACCUUUAACUGAUCGAUGAUUGUACAUAUAACUAAUCGAGACUAAUUUACGUAUUUAAACCUUAAAACAAAUUAAAGCCAGCCGUUGGGGCAGCGCUAUUUCCUUACACACAACUUAUUAAUCCACAAAAAAACAUACGAAAAAACACAAUUAUAUUUUAUGCCAUAAAUUAUACGGGAACGUUAUACAUGUAUAUUAUUUUAAUAAUUAUUAUUUUAUUUAAAAACCGAUAAAAACAAUGUUUACGUAUACAAAAGUAUUUGCUAAAAAUAAACAUACAAUAUAUAUGAAAUAA